AUGCGUCGACUGAUUGUCCCUCAUGAAGACCCAAGCUCUCCACUCGGAACGACCAUAGAUGUGGAUUUCCCGAGGGGGCCUGAACUUACAUGGACUGACUUCCACCCCGAGCUUCACGGCUCCAGCGCCCUCCCAUCUCCACAAGACAGAAUAUCCUCAGGGCCGCAAUGGCGACGCGUCGCUGACGAGAUUGACGAUGUCCGUGCUCGCUUCAUCAACCACAACCCUAUAGGCUUCCACCCCAGAUGCAGCAGCGUCGAUCGCUCAGCGGUGCUCGUUGUGUACAACGAAGCGCUGGUCAAGCUUGAGCAUGCAUCCAACAUCGACGCUAUCAAGAUAUAUCUUGAGGUGAAAACCAAGGUCUCGACAAUCCUCGAUCUCCGGGAGGCAAAACCAGACGACGCGGUGUUUUACAUCAAAAGCGCGUUCCUCAGCCCCCUGGAGCCGCACUACGCGCAGCCCCGGCUGGACUACUACGACCGCGGCUUUAGCGACGGAGACGAUAGCUUCUACCGGUCAGGCAUUGGGAGGCUGGUGGAGUGGAGGAAGGGAGGCUGGCCGAACAUAUAUCCUGCAGAGGCGGUCGAGCGAGAGAUGAGAGAAAGGGAGAGGAGGGCAAGCAUGUCCCUGAUAGAGAUCCACGGGGACGAUCUGUUGAAGGCACAAACGGCGAAUCCGUUGGAUUGGGGCGAGGAAGUGGAUGCUGAUUCAAACAGACCGUGGAGGUAA